AUGCCCACCGACCAAGAGCUCGUUUUAGAAUACUUGGCAAAGAAAGUCAACAAUCAGCCAAUUCCAGUUGCCGAGAUUAAUGAAGUUGAGCUCUACAAAUACAGUCCCGUCUACCUCUCUGAGAAGUAUCCUCAACUUGGAGAUCAAGAGUGGUACUUUUUCACUCCGCGUGACAGAAAGUACCCAAACGGGAGUUGGCCCACGCGUUCGGUUAACGGAAUAGGGUAUUGGAAGGCCACUGGUGCCGAUAAAUUAAUCAUGUGGAAAGGUGAACUUGUGGGAAGGAAAAAGGUUUUGGUUUUCUAUCAAGGCAAACCUAAAAGUGGAAACGAAAGAAAGACAAAUUGGAUCAUGCACGAGUACAAGCUUAAUGCUCCUUCCAAAAGCCCCGGAUCCAAUAACAUGAGGUUGGAUGAUUGGGUGUUGUGCCGAAUAUACGAAAAGAUAGAAAGGGCUCCGAAAAGAAAACCGAAAGAUGUAAACGAUGAGGAAGAAGAAGAAAAUGAAGACAACAUCAGCAACAACAACAUUAACAACGAGAGUAGCAACAAUAUUGUUGAACUCCCCAACAACAAUAUCUUUUGCGAAAGCCAAGAUCACGUGUUGAUGAUGGAUAAAUAUCAGCAGCCUUCUUCGUUUAUAAAUAAUCCAGCACCUAUUCCUAAUCUCACACCCAUUGAUGUGAGCUGCUUUUAUGGUCCGAAUAGUCUUUACUAUGAUCCUCAGUACCACCACCUCGUCAGUCAGCCACAGUUGAUGUGGAGUUCUCGAUGCCAGCUGCCAGAUUUUGAUUGGACCUUUGGAAGUAGGAAUAGUAAUAAUAAUAAUAAUAAUAAUAAUAAUAAUAAUAAUAAUAAUAAUAAUAAUAAUAAUAAUAAUAAUAAUAAUAAUAAUAAUAAUAAUAAUAAUCUACAACCUUUUCCUUUUGAUGCCGAUUUGGAUGAUUGGGUGUUGUGCCGAAUAUACGAAAAGAUAGAAAGGGCUCCGAAAAGAAAGCCGAAAGAUGUAAACGAUGAGGAAGAAGAAGAAAAUGAAGACAACAACAGCAAUAACAACAUUAACAACGAGAGUAGCAACAAUGUUGUUGAACUCCCCAACAACAAUAUCUUUUGCGAAAGCCAAGAUCACAUGUUGAUGAUGGAUAAAUAUCAGCAGCCUUCUUCUCUUUACUAUGAUCCUCAAUACCACCACCUCGUCAGUCAGCCACAGUUGAUGUGGAAUUCUCGAUGCCAGCUGCCAGAUUUUGAUUGGACCUUUGGAAGUAGGAAUAGUAAUAAUAAUAAUAAUAAUAAUAAUAAUCUACAGCCUUUUCCUUUUGAUGCCGAUGUCGAUGAUAGUUUCAGCCUCGAUGAUUACUUGAGAGCGGUCGCGGAAGAGGGCACUUCGGAUGAUAAAAAAUUGGGGUCUAAGAGAAGGAAAAAUUAG